CUUACAUUUAACUUAUUAUUCAGAUCUCCAAAUAAUUUCUGUCAACCGAGCUCACUCAGCAAUCGCCAUUGAGCUCUAAGUAUCUUCGUGGCCAGGGGCGCGCAACCUCUUCUCUUCUUCUUAUCCAUUUUCCUGAGUAUUUCCGAAUAUUGCCUGCGGCUCUCUGUUGCUUGCGCCGAGAAUUCACGCAAGAGGUCUGGAAGAAGAACGAUGUCUACAACUCUAGGAUCCUUCAUUGCGGGAGGCAUUGCCGCCUGCGGAGCGGUGACGGUCACACACGGCUUCGAAACGGUCAAGAUUAGGUUACAGCUUCAGGGAGAACUACAGGCCAGGAAGGAUGCGCCGAGAUUAUACAAAGGUGUUCUUCACGGCGUGGGUGUCAUUCUCAAGAACGAAGGUCCAAGGGGCUUGUUACGAGGUCUGAGUUGCGCGUACGUAUACCAAAUGACGCUCAAUGGUUGCCGAUUAGGGUUCUAUGAGCCAGUACGCAAAACCCUGACGAGCGCGAUCUACAACGAUGCCGCCGUGCAGUCCUUCGGUGUGAAUCUCUUCUCGGGAGCCGCCUCGGGUAUCCUCGGUGCAGCAGCCGGUUCACCAUUCUUCCUCAUCAAGACCCGUCUCCAGUCAUACUCACCCUUCCUACCCGUCGGUACGCAGCACAACUACAAGAAUGCGGUAGAUGGUAUGCGCCAGAUCUACAGCCAUGAAGGCGUCAAGGGACUUUACCGUGGCGUGCUUCCGGCCAUGGUCAGGACUGGAUUCGGCAGUUCCGUUCAGCUCCCCACAUACUUCUUCGCGAAGCGGAGGUUGAUCAAGCAUUUCGGAAUGGAAGAGGGCAUGCCGCUGCACAUUGCUAGCAGCACUUGCAGUGGUUUCGUCGUGUGCUGCGUUAUGCACCCUCCUGACACGAUCAUGUCGCGAAUGUACAACCAGACGGGCAACCUCUACAGCUCGGCGUUCGACUGUCUCUCCCGAACAGUCAAGACCGAGGGUCUCUUUGCUUUGUACAAGGGAUACUUCGCCCAUUUGGCACGAAUCCUUCCCCACACGAUCCUUACUCUUACCCUCGCCGAGCAAACAAACAAGAUCAUGAGGAGAGUCGAAGACCGAAUACUCUCACCGGAGACAAAAGCACAAAUAUAAUGUGUCAUAUUAUCCAUGUAUUCAUUUCCUUAUCUACGGAGUAUGUUGUAUAUAUACCACAUGUAUGGGUGAGAAAUUUCUUUUCGAAAGCAUCGUUUGCAUAGCGCGGACCGGGAUCACUAGCACAGACAGACAAUGUCACGCCUGUCUAUGUUCUGGGAAGGAGUUGUACCAUAUCGGAGGCUCGAAACUGGGCGGUGACUUGUGGGGGAAACAAAAAUGGGCGGAAAGCUGGACUUGGAUACUCGAUGCAUGAACGGAUAACUAUCCCGGGGAGAGUCCAUCUCAUACGCAAGAAGCAAUAGAAAAAAAUUAGGACCCAAAACAAACGCACACCAACAAGUCGGUUUUUCACAGGAUUGGAGCUUCGAAUUUUGGGCUUCAACACGUCUCGCUUCUGCC